UUAUGUAUUGAUAUAAAUACAAAUAGACUAGAUUCAGUAAUCACAUUACACCAUCAUGUUCCGUCAGGUUCAGCUCUUAGCUCUUCUAUUUUCGGCAGCGUUUGCUGCAUCAGGUCUGUCUGAAUUGGAUCAAGCUGCCUCCGAUCAAUUGGUGGCUGUCGUUCAGUUGUUUAGACAUGGACACAGAACUCCUACGGAAUUUUACAAAAAUGACCAGUUUUCUGAUUCGUCAAAAUAUUGGAGUGGCCUUGACUUAGGACAGCUAACAAAUAUAGGGAAACAAAUGCAUUAUGAGCUAGGACAAUUUACUAGGAAACGAUAUGGCAAAUGGCUGCCACAGAAAUAUGACAAAGCUGAUUUUUACGCCCAGACUACAAAUGUUGAUCGAACACAUAUGUCAGGGCAAGCAAAUCUAUACGCCCUUUAUCCAGCCAAAGGCGAUCAAUUAUGGAGACGGCAAAUUGAUUGGCAGCCCAUUCCACUACAUCCAGCCGAUUCUAAUAUCUGGGAAACAUUCCCCAGCUGUGCUGCUUAUAUAACAGAAUACGCCAAAGUGCUUGCGUCUGAUGUGUACACAGCUAUAGAUAAAGAGUAUGCAGGUGUGUAUGCAUAUUUAUCACAGUAUUCAGGUGAAAAUAUUACAACCUUAUCAGAAGCAACCACUGUUUUUGAUUGUUUUAAAAGUGAAUCUACUGCUGGUCUUCGCCUUCCAUGGUGGGCUUCAAAGGUAUAUCCAGAACCAUUAACACAACUGACGGGAUACUAUUUCCACUCGUUGGCUUUCACAACCAAAUUACAGCGAUUAUAUGCAGGAACUCUUCUAAAUUCCAUUCUAAGCUAUUUUGACAACAAAAUAAAUGGUUCAGUAACCCAACAGUUCAAAAUGUACAGCGGCCACGACACAAAUGUUGCAGCUGUGUUGAGCUCGCUUAAUGCUUUUAAUCCACCUUCUCCUCCAGAAUAUGCUAGCAGUGUUUAUAUUGAACUAAGAAAUAUUUCAGGAUACUAUUUCGUAAAUGUAUGGAGCAAAGAUGGAUCCAACUUCAAAAAGGUUUCUAUUAGGGGAUGUGCUUUGGAUUGUCCUUUAGAGGAAGUUAGACAAAGAUUGAAUGAGAUAAUCCUUGAUGUUGAUACUAGAACCGAAGAGUGCAGUUCCGCAACGAAAUUCGAAACUGUUGCUGCUAAAAAUAUGUACAAGAAGCUUAUUGAAACUGGUGAAAUAGAACGUAUUAAAAACAAAUUUUAAAACAAAUUGUUAAAUAUGAUUUAAAUAGACUAUAAUAUAAGCAGUUGUUAAAGUAAAA